UCCAUUAGUUGACUUUCUGCUGGGCAGCAGGCCAGGAUAUCGAUCCCCGAAGUAAAUGAAUGGGAAGCUGAGCAGUUUUGUUCGUUGUGUACAUUGUACUGUCUGUUGUCGUGUAUGUCGAGACGGAGACACUUGUUCUCGCCCGCCUCAGCUUUUCGAUCAAGAAACUCAGAGUCCCUACAACUACACGUUUGUAAUGUUAAAAUCUCGACACGUUGUGACACUUGUUCACUAUUAUGGCUGAUGCUGGUCGGAGUGAUGAUGUUUGCUGCCUGUUACCCAGAGAGUCAUGCGUGUAUACUGCAUGCUACUGCGAGGAGAACGUGUGGAAGCUGUGCCAAUCCCUGAAGGAACAAGGAUCAGAGCUGCUGAGCUCUUCCUAUGCGGUGUUUAUAUCCAAUCCCGCUCGAAAGAUCCCGCUCUUCCAGCAGCGCGCCGGCAAGGAUCGUAAUGGACUAGUUGUAUGGGACUAUCAUGUCGUGUUCGUAUGUCAUCCGCCCGGCCAGCAUGCCGUUGUGUACGACCUGGACACACGCUUGCCGUUCCCCUGCGGCUUUGCGCGGUACGCGAGGGACUCAUUCGGCAUGCAAGUGGCUGACCCGAUGUUCAGAAGGAUCUUUCGGGUUGUUCCUGCUGCGUCAUACCUAGCCGAGUUUGCUAGUGACCGCAGCCACAUGCGGAGCAAGACUUCUAGUGGCAGUGGAUGGAUGUCUCCUCCACCGUCCUACGCACCCAUUAGAACUGAUUGCGAGGUAAAUAACAUCCAGCAGUUCAUCUCAAUGGAACCUGCUGAGAAGAUCGCCAGUAGCACUGUACACGGCCUGGCGGAGUUCGUUGCUCGCUUCAGUGGCCUAGCAGCUGUCACGUGACUCUGGAUGGCGUUCUUCAUGUGCUCGUUAUAUCCUGUGGGGUUUCCUUGAGCUACCCGCCAGUGCAUCAUCUGUCAGUGUUGGUGCUUAAUGCAGGAGUUUCACAGCCGCCUGGGAACCUGCUUAACCCUUUCAGUGCCAAGGGGGUCAGAAAAAUUCAAAUUUUUCUGAGUUGAGCUGAACUCAAAUUUUUCAUAGCUCAGCUGUAUAUCCACGGAUCUUUACAAGCGAUGGCUCUCUGGAAAGAUAUCGUGGCCAGGCAGACAGCUGUGAAGAGAAAAUGCAGCGAAAAUAGUCUUCCUCGCGAGGGCGCCUGAGCGAAGUCCGUUUUCUGCAUUUUCGUAGCAUCUGCACUUUCUCACGCGCGCGAUCGAUCGCAGUGCAGUCAACUUUCAACGCACGGAAUUCGGACAAAGUUGGCCUGAAAGCCGCUGAAUAUCUCGAUGUUUUGAUACCCAAUACGCAUGGGUUGCCGCGAAAGAAAUAGAGAAACCCGCGACGCGCAUACGUCAUGUUUUCUACGGGCGACACUUGUUUGUCCGAGCGCGCACGCUUCAAGCUUCGCCCUGGCGAUAUCUAUCCUCACGGACACAAAACGAUGUGAUGAGUCGAUAGCCAAGGUCUUCCUGAACACGUAGAGUGGUCGUUUGUAACUCUCCUGUGUGUAGAAGUGGAGAUACGAAUUUAUUUGUACACACAUACUCAUUUUGGGCGACUAAAGUCGCCCGUGGCACUGAAAGGGUUAAGAUGGUUUCACGCUGUAUGCCCACACGCUGUGGAAUCUCUUCAACUGGCUCUGUACGAGCAUGGUCCCAGCAACCCACAUAUGGAGGAGAUAAGGGUAUGCCAGAUUGGACAGGAGGUGCAGCGAGAAACUCAGGACGCGACUUAGACUUAGCUCCUCUCAUGAUCCAUCGGUAAGGUCAGAUGCAUAUCAUCGUGUGGUGACUCCUGGACCAACGCAUCAGUCAUCACCAUCAUUGCGCCAGUAAUUAUAAUGGCUCAUUUCGGCCUGGCUGCAAGUCCAGCCGUAUUCACUGGCCAGAACGUGACAUCUCUCAUAUCAUUCAGAACCGUACUAGUACAAGUUGGGACUUUCCCUUGUCGUGUAGCUUCAAUGGAUAACAGGAAUGUGGACACCAGCAUUUCAUAUAGUCAAUAACAGAGUCACAGUCGUUCUGUGCGCCUGAUGCUGGAACACAAAGGUUAAGUAUGUGUUUGCUUUCCCACAUUGUUAUCAUUCACAUACUACGUUGGGACUCGAACUAAGACAUGACGAAAAGCAGUGACCGCAACCAAACAAGAAGACUGAAAAGACAAGACUCAAGACUGCCAAAUCACACAUGCUCAUAGUGCAGAGGCACUCAAUGACACGAGACAGUUUGGGGAAUGUCAUCACACAGGAAAACAAUACACAGCCAUCGUCUUACAACAUGGGCAUUCGUGACAUUUCAAAGUCUCCUCUUCACAGAGGUUUUGGUUUGCUCUUCUUGACGCGCCCGCUGUACAACUAGCAAUGUUGCUAUCAAGUUUUUUGUUUUACCCAAUGCGUCUUUCCCUCAAACCAGUGGAAAAUUUACCCAAUGCCUUUUUUAUUGUUCAGUGUGACAUAAUCCUGACUCUGAUAUGUUAUUUUUUAUCAUUGGUAUCCCUGCCCCUUCACCUGGCAUGAGCACCCUUCCUUCGCUUUCCCCUUUUCACUGUUGUUGUUGUUGUUGUUGUUGUUGUUGUUGUUGUUGUUGUUGUUGUUGUUGUUGUUGUUGUUGUUGUUGUUGUUGUUGUUGUUGUUGUUGUUGUUGUUGUUGUUGAUUUUAUUUUAAUUUGCCGUGACCAAACGAGCAGAGGUGCUCAAUAACAAGGAA